UAUGAAUAUACAGUAUGUAUAUUAUUAAUAUUAGUACCUACCUAACUCUAGUUACUUAUAUACAAUAGAAUAUAUUCUAUACUCAAUGGUAGUAUGUUCUAAGUAGGUAGUAGUAGACAGUAGAUACAUACCUACUAAUUAAUCACUACCUAUGUAUUCACUAUGUACAGUUACUAUGGUUUCCAGUAUUAUGCAGUGUAAAAUGGCUAUUCCUUUAUUUUCAUUACAGUUAAGACAUAGCAUAAUACCACAUUUGGUUACAAUAGGUAAAUAUGAUGGAUCACAUCACUGUUUGACUGCUGCAACAUCUGAAAAUAAGAUUUUAAUACAUAGUCCACACAGGCCAGAGAAGGACAUAUCUUAUUUGAAUAUCAAUCAGAAAAUUACAGCUUUACUAGCAGGGAAAGCCAUUCCAAACGAUGAAAAAGAUAUACUUGUUGUAGGAACAGUUGGCAGUGUAUUGGCCUAUAAUGUAGAUCUCAACAGUGAUUUAUUCUUUAAAGAGAUACCUGAUGGUGUUGCAGCAAUUGCUAUCGGCAAACUCAAUUCUAUGAAAGAUCCAGCAAUUAUUAUCGGCGGCAAUUGCUCGAUUCAAGCAUUUGAUUGCAAAGGUAAUGAAAUAUUAUGGACAGUAACUGGUGACAAUGUCAGAUCUAUUAUUGUCAUGGAUAUAGACCUGGAUGGUUCUAAUGAGUUACUCGUAGGUUCUGAAGAUUAUGAAAUCAGGGAAUUUAAAGAUGACAUAAUUGUAGAUGAAAUAUCUGAAACUUCAUCCAUUUGUUCAUUGAUUAGUUUUUCUACUGGAAGAUUUGCAUAUGCAUUAGAUAAUGGAACUGUUGGUGUAUACGAUAAAUUUCGACGUGUUUGGAGAGUCAAGUCAAAAAGUUCAGUGAAUUUCCUCGAAAAAUAUGAUUUAGAUGGAGAUGGAAAAGAAGAAUUAAUUACUGGAUGGUCAAAUGGAAAAGUAGAUGCACGCAACUCUAUAACUGGAGAAGUAAUUUUUAGAGAUGUGUUAUCGAAUAGCAUUGCUGGUGUAGUUGUUGGAGAUUAUGUAAGAGCCGGAAAAUGUCAAAUGAUCGUAGUUUCGAUCGCUGGCGAAGUCCGAGGAUACGAUAGUACAAGUUUAAAAGUAGAAUCUGGUGUUCAAACAAAUGUUAUUCACGAUCUUUUGCAAAAGAGACAGAUACUGAUGUCGGAAUUAAAUAACUACACUAAGGCCUCUAAUGAAGGCCAGGGUAUUCCAGGAGACACGCGGCUUAUCACUGAAGUAUCAGUUUCGGAAGAAACUAUCGAACCAUGUGUAUUACUUACAUUAUCAACUAACAAUUCAAUGAUUUUAAAAGCAGUCACAGUGUUUUCCGAAGGUAUUUUUGAAGAUGAAACACAUGUCGUACAUCCAGAUAAAGAGUGUGUUUCAUCUGAAUUGAAAAUCACUUUAUUACCUCCGAAAGAUAUACUUCUGGACAUUCAUAUUCGAGCUUUUGUUGGAUCAAGUGUGGAUAAUGAUCAAUUUCAUGUUUUUGAACUUACCCGACAGUUACCAAAAUUUUCAAUGUAUUUAUUAGUUUCUUAUCCGGAAAAUGAAGAUGUUCCCAAAAGUUUUGUCAAAUUUCGUUUAGUUGAAAGGGUUCAAAGACUGGAUCUAUGGUUAAGUCUAAAUUUUAUUGUGCCCCAAAAAACUCCUGUUAAAACCAAUGGUCAAGACUUUUGGAAAAUAGCAAUUAAGUCGUUGAGAGAUUCUUCUCUUACUUGUGUAACAUUUGAAAAAGAGGUGAUGUUGAUAUAUUCAUUGAACAUAAACUUUACAGCCGAUAUUGUACAGACGCUAGCAUCAUAUCUUAACCUCGAUCAAAUUGAUUCCCUAGCAGAAUUUCCCAAAGUUCUUGAUGAUUUAUGGGAAAGUAUACAAAGUGUUAAGACUCUCCAGCAGAACGCAGUUAAAUUAAAUGCUUCCAUAGCCGAUAGUUCAGCUUUGUUGAAAAAUCUCAUUGUUCAAGCAGAAGACUUUCGGCUUUUAGAUGACACGUCAAACAUGGAAAAAUGUUUAAACGAUAUAUUUCAUAUUGAUAAACAAAUGAUUCAAAACCAUCAAGUUACAUGUGAAAACCAUGAACAAUUAUUAGUUACACUGAAGAAAAUAAAUAAUAUUAUACAGAAUGCUUCUCGUCUUAGAGUAAAUAAUAACAGAACAGAUACAAUAACUUCUUAUCGACAAGCGGUGGCUUCAGAAAAUAUGACGAUUUUAAAAAAAUUAAUUGAAACUGGAAAUAAAUAAGUGUUAAUUUAAUUAAAAACUAGUUUCUAAGACAUGUA